AAAGACCAUGCAUGCAUAUUCUCAUAUCUCUCAAGCUUCACUCAUCAUCUCUUUCUCUCCUGUUUGUUAAACAUAAUAACCGCAUUUUGAAUAUACAUACACAUUUUUAGUACUCCUCAAAAAACCUAAAAACUUGAAUUACGAACAAGGUUUAAGCAUUAUGGCUCGGUGCUCUUCAUCUUUAGCUAUUGUCCUUGGCUUGUUGAUUGUUACUAGUUUCACUAUUAAUACAGCCCAAAGCCGAAUAGCCAGAAAGGACCUGGGUUUGGAUUUGGGAGGUGGUUUAGGACUUGGAAUUGGAGUAGGUACUGGUGUAGGAUUAGGUGGAGGUGGUUCUGGUUCCGGAUCUGGUUCUGGAUCCGGGUCUGGAUCAGGUUCCUCCGCUGGUUCCUCUGCUGGAUCAGGAGCAGGUUCGUACGCGGGUUCUAGUGCUGGUUCAGGCUCAGGAGGGGGUGGUGGAGGUUCUGGUGGUGGAUCCGGUUCUGGCCGUGGACAUGGCUCUGGACACGGUGAAGGUUAUGGUGCGGGAUCCGGAUCAGGUGGUGGUUCGGGUGGAGGAGGAGGUGGAGGGGGUGGUGGAGGUGGAGGUGGAGGUCGUGGUUCCGGUUCUGGAUAUGGAGAGGGCUAUGGGGAGGGCUCAGGAUAUGGUAGUGGUCAUGGAAAGUGAAUUGAUACUAAAUAUAGUUUAAAAAACUACUUGAGAGUUUAAUUAGUGAUAUAUCUAAAUGAAUCAUGGUUAUGUACCUAAAUAAAGAAACUAAGGGUGAAUGCAGCUUAUACAAGUUAAUGUAAUGUCAUGUGUUUGUACUUUGAAGUUCAUUUUGUAAGAGUUUGGUUUGUAAUACUUGUUUCAUAUGGAUUGAAAAUAAAUGGAUAUUUGGAUUUUUGUGGAUUUUAUACA